GAUGUGGUCAGCGACGGGAGCGGGGAGGGUGUCACGUGAUCGGGUUGCCUACGCGCAGUGGGGCCGGGUGCAGAUGGCGGACGCCGAGGCUGACGCGGCCCUGCCGCCGGAGAUGCAGCGGCUGGCCGCUGGCCUCCGCUCCCGGCUGUGGCAGUUGCAGGCGGAGCUGCGCGAGCAGGGGGCGGCCGAGGCGGCCUCUUCCAGCGCCUACUGCCGAGGGUUCUGUCAGACCUUGCUACAAUAUGCUGGCAAUCAGGGUACUUCGGAGCAAGUUUUGCCUUUUUUGGAAGUAUAUCGAAUUGCCAUUCAGAGUUUUGCCAGUGCCCGAUCUUACUUGACUACAGAAUGUGAAGACGUUCUUCUGGUACUUGGCAGGCUAGUAUUGAGCUGUUUUGAACAACUGCUGUCUGUGCCUGAAAGUGAAGAGCUCUCUGAACCAUUUUUAAGAUUGUGUCAGUCCAUACAGGACUCCCAUAAUGCUUUACUUGAGUUUGGAGACAAUAGCCUUGAAAUUCUAGCUGAUAUCUCAAAAGAAGGUGUAUGGAAGAAUCCAGUUCUUUUAAAGAUCCUUUCACAGCAGUCAGUGGAAGCAGAAGAAAUGAAUCAGUUGAUUAAACGGGAAGGACAGGCAUUUCUGCAAAUGAGAGUAAAACAUUUGAUGAAGACAAACCGCCUUCCUCAAGCUGCUUCCUUGUCCAAAUUAUGUAAAGAAUCUCCAGAAAUUCCAGAUGUCUCUCCUUUUCUUCAGUCCUAUAUCACAUGCUUGUGCUCCAUGCUUCCAAAUGAAGAGUCCAUCAAAGAGAUUUCAAAAGUGGACUGCAAAGAGGUCCUAGAUAUGAUAUGCAAUUUGGAAGCUGAAGGCCAAGACAGCACUGCUUUUAUUCUCUGUACAACAUAUUUCACUCAGCAGCUUCAAACAGCAAGCGUAUACUGCUCUUGGGAACUAACUCUGUUUUGGAGUAAAUUACAAAGAAGAAUUGACCCAUCCUUAGAUUCCUUUCUCGAGCGAUGUCGGCAAUUUGGCAUCAUUGCGAGAACAUUGCAACACUUGUUCUUCCUCAUAAGAGUCAUACAGGCUGAAGCAGAAGAAGCUGGCCUUGCUGUAUCCAUCUUGCUGUGUGUGAGAGCUCUGCAGCUCCGGUCCAACGAAAAGGACGAUAUGAAGAGCUCUGUUUGCAAAACAAUUGCAUGUUUGCUGCCAGAAGACCUUGAGGUCAGAAGGGCCUGCCAGCUUACCGAAUACUUACUGGAGCCAAGUGAGGAAGGAUACAGUCUACUAGAAGAACUGCAUGUACAACCAGAUCAGAAAUUUGAUGAAGAAAAUGCCCCAGUUCCGAACUCACUCCGUUGUGAGCUCCUGUUAGCCCUGAAGGCAUACUGGCCCUUCGAUCCAGAAUUUUGGGACUGGAAAACGUUAAAGCGGCAUUGCCUCAAAUUGUUGGGGAAAGAAGUGUCCGAGUCAGAGGACGACCUGAGUGGCAAUGAGAUGUUGUCACUCAACGAAACUGAGCUGUUAGAUAGUCUCCCCAGCGACUGCGAAGAAAGUAGGGAAGAGAAUAAUUUCGAAAAUCGUUAUUUAAAUCGGCCCAAAGAGAGAGUAAGAGUCAAAAAGCCGAUUGGCUCCUCGGAGAGAUACCAGAGAUGGCUUCAGUACAAAUUCUUUUGCGUCAUUUGCAAACGGGAGUGUAUCGAAGCUCGAAUCCUCCACCAUUCUAAGAUGCACAUGGAAGACGGCAUUUUUACAUGCCCGGUAUGUACCAAAAAGUUUAAGCGGAAGGACAUCUUUGUGACCCACGUGAUGGAGCAUGUGAAAAUGCCACCCAGUAGAAAAUGCCGGGCAGAGAAGAAGUUGCUGUUGAAGAAACGGAAGCUGGCCCAGAGCAACCUCUCCAGGAUCGCUUCUGCAGCCCUUGAAGGAAACCACCCUCUCAAAAUUAUCCAUUGCGAAAAACCCAGAAGUGACCUACAGGACUAUGUAACAUUUAGCAAGCUGGAAAAUUGUCACCUGCAAGACCGAGACCUGUACCCUUGCCCAGGCACGGAUUGCUCCAGGGUGUUCAAGCAGUUCAAGUACUUAAGUGUUCACCUAAAAGCUGAACACCAAAACAACGACGAGAACGCAAUGCACUACUUAGACAUGAAAAACCGGCGUGAGAAGUGCUCCUACUGCCGGCGGCAUUUCAUGUCUGCCUUCCACCUGCAGGAGCAUGAGCACGUGCACAGCGGCCCCUUGCCUUACAUGUGUGUCUCCGUGGGCUGUUACGCUCGGUUUGGCUCCGUGAACGAGUUGCUACAUCACAAGCAGCAGCAUGACGAUCUGCGUUACAAGUGCGAACUGAACGGCUGCAACAUCGUUUUCAGCGACCUGGGGCAGCUGUACCAUCACGAAGCCCAGCAUUUCCGGGACGCUUCUUAUACCUGUAAUUUCCACGGCUGUAAGAAGUUCUACUAUUCCAAAACCGAAUUAACCAACCACCUCUCCGUGCACAUGUCGAACGGUGAAAUGAAGGCGGCGCCCAUUAAGCAGGAAGGUAGCGUUUCUCAGGACGGGCUCGCCUGCCAUUUGGAUUCGGAGGCGUUAAAAAACAAAGAACCUCCUGAGCAGCAAGAAAAUCUUAAUUUGCCUUCCGGAUCGACCAAGAGAGAAGAAAUGCUGGCCGUGAAACAAGAGCCCCUUUCUGACGGAGAAGAGGGUGGCCAAAAUAACGGCAGCGUGGAAAGUCACGCUUCAUCCGUGGCCAAUGAAAAUCAGAUGAUCUCAGUGACUGAUGUCGUGGAUCAGGGCCAGGCCUUUUCGGGAGCUGUGCUACCUCAGGAGAAAGCCUGCCUUCCCUCCAAUUUGAAAGAGCGCUACUCUAACGUGGCUGUCUACUUCGAUGGGAAAAAGUUCACCUGCGGUUUUGAAGGCUGCGGAUCGACCUACAAGAACUCAAAGGGGAUGCAGAAGCAUCUACGAAGGGCGCAUCCCUACCAUUUCAAACCAAGAAGGAAAGAUAAAGAUACCGGUCAGCUGGAAAGCCCUGUGGGAGAGAUUAGCUCAGACUCUCAGGACAUUGGAGAUUUUAGUGAUGUCUGUAAAAGCAGGAACUAUUUUAAGGAAGAACUGUGCCCUUCUUCCCCAGAAAGCUCCUUCUACGUACAUUCAAAAAUGUCAAAUACCGAAGACAGCAUGUUCGAACUUCUCCUGGGCUUGAAGCACUUAAGUUUAAAGAACUCCAGCAGUCACUCUUCUCCCAGAUUCUUGCAGUCCUAUUCCUCCAAGUGCCCCAACUCUGAAGACGAAUCUACCUCUGACCACUUCCCCGAAGAACAGCGAGGCAAGCUCCCCACCCAAUAUCUCACCCAGUUGGCUGCCAAGCCCUUUUUCUGCGAGCGUCAAGGCUGCACGUGUCAAUUUGUCACCAGAGAGGCAUUGCUGACCCAUUAUGUUAGGAAACAUAAUUAUUCAAAAGAGAUGGUGCUUCAGCUCAACAUGUUCCGACAUCGCUAUUCACCUUUCAAGUGUCAUAUUUGCCAAAGAUCCUUUACAAGAAAAACGCAUCUUAGGGUGCAUUACAGGAACAAGCAUAAGCUUGGCAACAUGACAGCUGCCCAGAAACUGUUUGCAAACGAAAGCUUUGAGGAUAUGAACGAAUGUGCUGAGGAUCGGCUGAACAGCACAGAAGAUUCAAUGUCGGCGUUCUAUACCAGCACGGAUGGAGAACUUGACCACAAAACGAAGCUUGCUAUAGAUCCACACCAUCCUUCCAAAACGGAGGACUUCAGUUCCGAAACCGACUUGGAAUCGAGCGAAGAGGCGGAAAGCUGCAUCCCUGGAAAGCAGGCUAAGUUGUCGUCGCUGGACGGCCACCGAAAAGAACUGGAAGCCAACGAAGGGAGGGGAAGUAAAAGGACCGUUGCCAAAGGAAACCUAUGCUACAUCUUGCAUAAGUACCACAAGCCGUUCCACUGCAUCCACCGGAAUUGCAAUUCUGCAUUCACCAAUCAGAAAGGGCUGAUCCGCCACUACAGGACUGUGCACAGGUAUAACAAAGAGCAGCUCUGCCUUGAGAAAGACAAAGAAAGAACCAAGAGGGAAUUUGCCAAAUGUAAAAAACUGUUUGUUUGCAAACACAAGGCCUGCAGCAAGCGUUUCCUGUGUUCUAAAUCGCUCGCCAAGCAUUGCAUGGACUCCCACACCUUUGAUCACGAAGACGAUUCCAAAGUGCUUUCUGAAACCGUGCGGUUCCCUUGUCAUCAUCCUCACUGCCCGGCUGCAUUUUAUUCUUUCCACAAGUUAAAGCACCACCUGAUGGAAGAGCACGAAAAGGAGGAGGACCUGAACAAAGGCAUUGAGAUCCAUUGUGACCUGAAUGGCUGUAACCGAGUGUUCACAACUUACAGCAGCUAUUCCCAGCACGUGUAUUUUCGGCACAGCGAUUACGACGGUGUCUUGCGAGGAACCAAAGAAAAGGGGGGCCACCUUGAAGACGACGAGGAGCAACGGUGCUUAAAGUAUCGGUGCCUCAGGCAGGAUGGGAGUGAGAAGAAGAGGCAGAACAGUGAAAGGGGCGGUGGCGGCCGAAAUAAAGGAAAGCAAUUAUACGCCUUCAGAACAAGGUUGGAAGCUCUGCAGAUGUGCAGAGACAAUUGCAACCAAACGCAGUAUCCUUGCAUGGUUCGGGGAUGUCCCUCUGUGGUCAAACUGGAGAGCAGCAUCGUGAGGCACUAUAAGCGCACCCAUCAGAUGGCGGGUGCCUAUAUCGAGCAGCAGUACGACGAGCUUGUCCUAUGUGUCGACUGUGGCACGGCACUGAAUGACCUCUGCCUGGAAGCAAAUUCGGAGCCAGAGGGCGACUCCGACUUUAAACCAGAUGUCACGGGGCACUCUGCCGACGAGCACAAAAGGGAAAGGCAUCUUCCGAACUCCAGUUGUGACGAGAAGGGCAGCCAGCUGAGUCGGUAUUCUGAAGGGGAGGAAUCCCAGGAGGCGGAUGUCCUUGUGUAUUCAGGCACUUUAAAACAUAUCCAUCAUCCCAAAACCAGGUGUUCAGAAGAUUGUAACCGAGUGGGGUCAUCUCAACAGUCUGAGGCCGGGAAUAUCCUGAGAAAUCAUGGACAAGAGAACGCCUCUUACUGUGCGAAAUCGCACCUGCCGUUAUCUAGAGACAAAGAUUCUAGUGACUGGCAGUCCUCCUCGCAGGAGGCGACAAAAAAGCUUCCCUUCUCUGCUCCUAAAGAGAAAGUCCAGAAGCCCUUUGAUCUGAAGUCUUUCAAGCCCAUGGGCUUUGAGUCUUCAUUUUUAAAGUUCAUUCAGGAAAGCCAGGAGCGAGAAGAGGAGGAGGAGGAGGAGGAAGAAGAGGAUGAUGUUGAUGACGACGACAACCUCCUCGACAAUGAGUGGGAGCCGGUUGGACCCUAUAGAAUGGGUGGUGUGAUAGAGAAGGCUAAAGACUCCAAACGGGAUGUGUCGCAGGGCAGGGGCUUGUACGCGAAUGUCCCCCCUGCAGCCAUGUCCAAGAAAAACAGUGGCGCCAAAGCUCAUGGGCAGCUGAGAGGAAUGCAGCCCCUCUUAUCCCCGGACUCCCCACCCCUCCCUUCUCUGGAGAACCUGAGGGCCAUUUUGGGCAAGGCGUUAACAGGCUGUGGGGACCACGCCUUAAAACAACUUCAUUACUUGCGGCCAGUUGUUGUUCUCGAAAGGUCUAAAUUUUCCCCCUCCCUCAUAGACUUUUUUCCGACAAAAAAAACAGAUCACCUUUGUGUGGGAAGUUCAUAAAUAGUUGUGUUUAUUUAAAAAAAAAAAAAGGAAGGAAGGAAGGAAGAAGGAUGAAAGAAGAGACUUUUGGGGAAAUGCUAAAUCUGAUUCCGUGCACAUGUUGUUGAGGUUAGAUUAGACUGUUCAGUUCCAUGAAUGUAUGACAUCUGUCUACAGUAUUGGCUAAUGUAGCUCCCCGGCUAAAUUAAAAGAGAGAGAGAGAGAGAGAACUGAUAUUUUGGUGCUAAUUAACAGAAUAUCAAAGGUGGGGGGCGCUUCCUCUCGCAGACUAAAAUGUGCAUGAUUGUAUAUGGAACAAAUACUUGGGGGUACCAAGGUGGGGCGGGAGCGGGCGGGGA